GGUUACCCACGUCGACUACAUCAUGACCAGGGUCGUGAAUUUGAAAACUCACUCUUUCGCCGUCUUGAGCAACUCAGUGAGAUUAAAGGUUCCAGAACGACCCCAUACCAUCCACAGGGAAACGGACAAGUCGAACGCUUCAACCGGACCCUGUUGUCGAUGCUUCGUACUCUUACCACUAACCAAAAGAACGACUGGAAGCAACAUUUAAACAAAGUUGUUCAUGCUUAUAAUGUCACUCGUCAUGAAAGUACAGGUUAUUCACCCCACUUUUUGUUAUAUGGACGUUCACCCCGGUUACCGAUCGAUUUAGCAUUUGGAUUGUCACCGGAUGGACACUCUGAUGAAAAAGAAUACCAUGAGUAUGUUAAGAAGUGGAAGAAGAGAAUGGAGGAGGCCUACAACUUGGCUAGGGCAAAUGCACAAAAGUUAGCUGAUAGAAGCAAAAGGCGACAUGACAAUCAACGAUCAAUCAGUAAACCUUUGACACCAGGAAGUAGAGUCUUGAUCAAGAAUUGUGUCCCUCCUGGUGGUCCUGGUAAACUCCAAAGCUUUUAUGAAGACAAGGUACAUGUAGUGGUAUCUCAAAAGCAUGAUUUACCCGUAUAUGAAUUACGUCCAGAAGAUGGAAAUGGUAGAUUACGAAUUCUACACAGAAACUUGCUUUGUCCCUGCGAUGCUUUGGUGGUGGAACCUUCAAGUGAUGAGUCGAAAACCACAACAAAACAAAAGAAGACCCCGUACCAUAGAUCACUGAGAACUAAUAAGACAGAAAAUACUGGAGUACAUCUAUAUGAAAAUUCUGAUUCGGAUGAUGGAGAAGAUGAGGUGGAUCUACCAUAUCCUCUGUUGGAUAACCUCACACAAACGAACCAAGGGGCUUCGACCAGUGUUGAUUUACAAACUCAACAACAACCGGUAGUAGAUGUACCACUAGCGGACCAGAUGGGGGCAGAAGGUAACACACCUUCACCUUCUUUAUUACAUGACCAUGCCAACAGUCCUGAUGUCAUUGUACCAGAUGUAGAAACUGGACGUCCUGUUCGGCAGCGGCAACCUCCAAAAGUAUUUACAUAUGAAAAUUUUGGAUCACCUGCACCACAAUGUAUGCAGAUUGCGGGAGAUAACGUUAUCAAAAUCAGAUAAGAUACGCACCACAAUUCACUGAAUUUCAUCCGAAUACACCGUGGGUACCACCCGUUCAUCCAAUGUUCAAUUGUCACCAGCCACCCAUUUCUAACUAGGAAAUUUGACAAAUGUUUAAGAAAUGUUUUAUAACGGACAAACACAG